CAGAUAUGAUAAAUGUCAAUCACUUGACGUUUGAGAAUUUUGAAUGUUCUUUCUUUCAACUUGACGUUUAGCUGGUCUAAAUUGGACAAAGCGAAAAUGGUGAACGUACCAAAACAGCGCAGGACGUACUGCAAAAAAUGCAAGUGCCACAAAGUACACAAAGUCUCACAGUACAAAAAGUCCAAGGAGAGGCACGCUGCGCAGGGUAGAAGACGUUAUGACCGUAAACAACAAGGAUAUGGUGGCCAGUCCAAACCCAUCUUCAAGAAAAAGGCAAAAACCACUAAGAAAAUUGUGCUUCGUUUGGAGUGUGCAGACUGUAAGGUGAGGUCCCAGGUGGCACUGAAGCGCUGCAAACACUUUGAGCUGGGCGGAGACAAGAAGAGGAAGGGACAAAUGAUUCAGUUCUAGGCUGCCUAAUAAAUAAGUUUACAAAAA